AUGGACGGUGGUGGUUCCUGUGGUCUCGAGGGAGCGCCAGUAGUGACAUCUGGCGGUAACUCUCUUUCCAGCGCUGGUAUUCCGCUUCUGCCAGAGAAGCACUGCGCCUCGUUUGAUGAAACUUAUGGAGCCGCAGGGGGCAGUACUGGUCCUGAAGGAGUGCCAGUAGUGACAUCUGCCGAUAACUCUCCGGCCAGCACUGGUAUUCCACUUCCCUGCGAUUCAGUGGAUGAAACCUGUGAGUCCACGGCAGGCGGCACUGCUCCAUCGGAGGCUCAGAUAUGUACGGGUUUCUCCAAGUCGAUCAGCUUGGACGUGAAGAAAGGCCUCCAGAAGUGUGCAACGUUCCCACUCUCAUCUGGUCAGGCUCAGCAGGAGGAUGGUUCAUGCUGCCAUGCAGAUGAUGGGCUCACGGCUGCUCCUGCUUACGAGCGCUCUGUGUCCUUACCUCAGCCAACUUUGAAGCUCAUCCCUGCUAUGAAAGGAGGCCGUGAAAAGAAUGGAAUAGCAUCACCAACAGAAAAUCGCCACGUCAAGUGGGCUCCUGAUGUGUACGACCCCCCUGUGACAUCAGUAUGCCGUUCAGUGACUAACAGCUAUCAGCGUCGGUCAAAACACCACAACAAGGAGAAGAACAAACAGAAGAAGAAACAUAAGGGGAAGUCAAAGAAGAAGAACCAACAAAAUUCUACCCAGAAUUCAUCUGUACUGCAGGUUCCUGAUCUCGGGUUGAAAGGUGUUAGCACCACUAGUGGCCAGUCUUCAGUAGACGAUCUCAGCAAACAUGAGGCCGGGAUCAUGGAUAGCAUGGGCAGUCAGGAAGCCAAAUGUGGAAGCAGCUUCCUUCGUGAGUCUGUUGCUAAAAUGCAUUUCUCGAUUGCUGAAGCUUCCUGA